AUGAGUCAACAAGGAGAAUUGGUAGAACAGUUGGAACAUGAGCAGGAAGCUGGAUUCAAACUGGGGCACAGUUGUGCUGACCAGAUAUUCAUAUUAAGAAGAAUGCUGGAAUAUUACUUCAGAUAUUUGCAACCCACUGUCGACUUUGCGGUUGCCUUUGAUUCAAUUGAGGCGCUUUGGAGAAUGAUGGAAUGUGACGGUGUUCCAGAGAUCUUUCGAUUCAUAAAGAUAUUUUAUAUGUCGGCGGAGAUUGCGAUAGACUGGGUAAUGGACACUGCUUGUCGGCACUCAAGGGGUGUUCAGUCCAGAGCAUCAUCACAGAUCUAG